AUGGCAAAAAGAGAAACUGAUAUUCGUUUGAAGAGUGCCUCACAAACCGUGAAGCCAGUCUUCGGUCGUAACGACAGCGUGAUGGCGGUUCCUGGCAAAGAAGGUGUCUAUGUGGAGAAAGGCUCAUACCAUGGUCGAGCUAUUGGUGUUUUCACUAGUGGUGGUGAUGCUCAAGGUAUGAAUGCAGCUGUCAGAGCUGUUGUUCGCAUGGGAUUGUACCUUGGAUGCAAGGUAUACUUUAUAAAGGAGGGUUACCAAGGAAUGGUAGAUGGUGGAGAUCAUAUUGUUGAAGCUACUUGGGCUCAGGUAUCUGGAAUGAUGAAUCUGGGUGGUACAGUUAUUGGUAGUGCCCGAUGUAAAGAGUUUCGUGAACGAGAAGGUCGACUAAAAGCAGCUUAUAAUCUGAUUCAAGUAAACAUUACCAACUUGGUUGUUAUUGGAGGUGAUGGAAGUUUGACAGGCGCCAACAAGUUUCGUCAAGAAUGGCAAUCAUUGUUGCAAGAAUUGGUAGACAAUAAUAAGAUUACCAAAGACAGAAUGAAUGCUUGCAAGCACCUAAAUAUUGCUGGCAUGUUUAGCUUUCUCUUUUUCCUCUCUCUCUCUCAAAAUCCAGCUUUAACCAUUGAUAAAUUUCAACACCAUAUUCAUAAUUUUUUUUUUAUUAUUCCAGCCAUCAAAGAUGCUUCGUCAUGGAGGUCAUGGGAAGACACUGUGGACGCCGACGUUCGACGUUUUAUCUCCUUUCUGCCAUCCUUCAUUUGCAUGCGUGAAUCCACUUUCCGUGGCUUUAUCGAGACUCACCAUCUGAGCUUUCAGAAUAACUUGCUGACCUAUAGAAAACUUACUAAGCUGCGCCCACCUCAAGUAAACGAGGACCAGCAAAUAAAAAAUAAGAAUAUGGCAAUUAUGAACAUUGGUGCUCCAGCUUGUGGAAUGAAUGCAGCAAUGAGGUCAUUUGUUCGUUUGGGACUUACUCGAGGUUAUAACAUCAUUGGUAUCAAUGACAGCUUUGAUGGAUUACUAAAUGAUAAUGUGACCACCAUGACUUGGGAACAACAAGUUAUUAAAAUAAUAAAUAGUAAAAAUUUUGAUCCUUAUUGGGUACAAAAAAAAUGA